AAAUUUGUAAAAGAAAAAAAAAAGUACACUUUCUCAAAAUUCCCUCCCAAAACGAAUUUAACAAGUUGCCUCACCGUUUAGAUUCUGUAGUAAUUCUCCGAUGACUCUCUCAAACGGAGCUUCGCUAAUGGAAAUCGAUAACGAUCAAAAACAAGAAGAAGAAGAUGAAGAGGAUCCGUUUCUCGCGUUUAUCGAUUACGCGAGGUCGGUGCUAUCCCCCGAUGAAGACGACGAUCCGAGUGGAAAUGAAGCGGGUAAUAGUGGGCCCGGAUGGAGCUGGACCGUGUCUCGGAUCCUCAAAACUUGUAUUUCUUACUCAAGUGGAGUCACUGCGGCUAUUCUGCUCUCCGAUGUCUCUCAGGCGUGGAGUGAGCAACGCAGGGCAGGCGCUCCGAAGAGAAGGCCGGAGAUUAUAAAUCAGCUGAAAAGGAAACAUAGGAGAACGAAGCUUCCGAACAUGGUUACAAUUGACUCUAUAUAUGAGAAGAAUUUCUUGUCCUUAGGUAGCGUUUUGGAAGCUGUGAUUGUGGACGCUUUUGUUCUCCCAGGCACUAACAUUUACAUGCUUACUUUGGGGGAUUAUUGGAGUUCCAAAACCAUUGAUCUUUAUCUUCAUCGUAGAUACUAUGACUUGGUGGAUAGUCCCAAUGGGAUUUUGAAGAAAGAGAGGGAGGUUUUUGUCACAGGUUGCUAUCUUCGAACUGCCAGAGAAGGAUCUGGUAGCCCACGGUUAUUGCCAACGGAAUAUCUUGUUAUAUUAUUGGAUGAGGAUCUGGAUGAUGAUGCGAUCCUGAUAGGAGCGCAGUUUUGCUCAGAUUCUUUCUCCUCCAUUUCUCUUGAUGCAGUCAAGAAUGAUGUUUCUUAUUCAUUAUAUGCUAGGAUUGAAUCUAUUGGAUCACUGGAAAUUCUGGGAAAAUGUGGUAGUUUACAGAGGAAGCAAAUUACUCUUGUUGAUAAUGAUGGAGUAAAACUAAAAUUUCUUUUGUGGAAUGAGCAGGUAAUCCUAGCCAAUCUUUUCAGUGUUGGAAGCAUGCUUGCACUGGAUAGACCAUAUAUUGCUAGUUCAGCAGAUAGUGCUGUUGAAACAAGUGAUGAGCUUUGUCUAGAAUAUGGGACUGCAACACAAUUAUUCUUAGUACCUUUUGUUCACCAUGAGGAACAAGUUUGUCUAUCAUCAACGCAAAAUUGUAAUCAAGGAUCAAGGCUGCAUGCUGCAGUUGAUCCCACUCCAGGUCCCAGAGUUUCUCAAGUGAUCGUGCCCUGUGAUUCUCAAGGGUCUAUUGACUUCAGUAAUUAUCCUUUUCAGUCAUUUGUAGCGGACCUCCGGGAUAAGAUGACUGGCAUCAGUCUCUACGGUGUGGUUACAGACAUAUUUCGGGAAAGAAAAACUGCAGAAGUUAUUUUCUCAUUAAAAAUUGAGGAUGUGACUGGAGCAAUUUGGGCAAAGCUACAUUUCUCUCAAUCUUGGUCAUUGGGAAGAGUAAGCCCUGGACACAUGGUGUAUAUUUCUGGCUUGACGUGCUCUAAGACAAAACAAAAUUGCUUUGAAGUAUCAUGGUUUGAGAAGGAUGUUGGAGCUUCUUUCAUCAACCUUAGUUGCUUGCCAGCAUUACUAAACUCGUCAUGUCUUCACAAGCUAUCACGCCUUUCUGAUCUCUCAAGCAAGAGGAGCUCUAUGCAUGUAUGGAUUGCUGAUGAUAUAUGUCGAGUUUGGGUUGAUCAAGUUGAUCAUUAUCAUGUUACUACAAGAUUUUCACAUGCUUCAUGUGGGCAUUUUGUUAAAGGAAUGCCUAGCGGCGUAGUCAAAUGCAGUUUCUGUCACUGUAAUUGUGAUGCUGAACUUGUGCGUGUUUUCUACCUGAAAAUCACCCUUGCAGAUGAGACCGCAAAAAUUUUUGCAUGGUGUACUGGUCAAACUGCAAUGGAGUUGCUUCAAAUAUCACCUGAUGAAUUCUGUGAGUUGCCUGAGGAUGAGCAAGUCAUGUAUCCUUCUUCACUAGAGAACGAGAGGUUCAAGGUUGCAUUAGUGAAUUGCAAGAGGCAAGGAUAUGGAGCUUCUGACAGUCUAACCCCAGAGGCUGAUGCAGUUUCAUGGGAGAUCACUCGUGCACUCAAGUAUGAAUAGGGCUUUGUUCGUGCGGAGAAGGGAGAAAGAAAGGAGUAUCGUACGUGCGUACCAGGUUCCCAAUACAAGAAAGACGGGGAUCGGAAGCUGAGAGUUCUGCUUUGAAUUGCUGCUUGCCUUGAUCAAUAUGAAGAGUGAUAUAUCUGCAAUUUCAUGAUAAAAAUAAAAAUUGGCAUGGUUACAGAUCUACGGCUUGCAAAAGGAUGACAUACACGGAGGCUCGUCCUUCCCUACAGUAUCUAUCUAGGUAAGUUUUAAUUCGAUAUUAAAGGUUAGGCGUUGCUUUAUGCAUGUAAGAACUCUGCUUUUGCCGCCUAGAAUAUUAAUAUAAGGGGAUAGGAUUAGGCGGAGAUAAAGGUGAAACGAACUUGCAGUCCUACAAAACCCAAAGCCAACGGCAGACCACGAGUCCUUAUUA